UAUUUUUUUUUCAUAAAGAAGUGGUCAAGCUACACAGAACCACGAAAUCUAACAAGUGUAUCAGAAUUCUUCCUCAUGGGACUCUCAGAUGACCCAGAACUUCAGCCUUUGCUCUGUGUCCUCUUCCUGUCCAUGUACCUGGUCACUGUCCUGGGGAACCUGCUCAUCAUCCUGGCCAUCAUUGCUGACCCUCACCUCCACACCCCCAUGUACUUCUUCCUCUUCAACCUGUCCUUGGCUGACAUCAGUCUCAUCUCCACCACAGUCCCCAAGGUGAUUGUGAACAUCCAAACUUACAGCAGAGUCAUCUCCUAUUCAAGCUGCUUGACACAGAUGUCUAUUUUUAUCUUUUCUGCGUGUAUGGAUAGUAUGCUUCUUACUGUGAUGGCCUAUGACAGGUUUGUGGCCAUCUGUCACCCACUGCAUUACAUGGUCAUCAUGAACCAACACACCUGUUGCUUCUCAGUUUUGGUGUCGUUUUUUGUUAGCUUUUUGGACUCCCAGCUGCACAAUUUGAUUGUGUUACAAGUUGCCUGCUUUAAGGAUGUGGAAAUCUCUCAUUUCUUCUGCAACCCUUCUGAAGUCCUCAAGCUUGCCUGUUCUGACACUUUGAUCAAUAACAUAAUCAUGUAUUUCUUUGGUACUAUCUAUGGUUUUUGUCCUAUCUCAGGGAUCUUUUUCUCCUACUAUAAAAUUAUUUCCUCUGUUUUGAGAGUACCAUCAUCAGGUGGGAGGUAUAAAGCCUUCUCCACCUGUGGCUCUCACUUAGCAGUUGUUUGCUUAUUUUAUGGAACAGGCCUUGGUGUGUAUCUCACCUCAGCCAUCUCACAAUCUCCCAGGAAGUAUACAGCAGCCUCAGUGAUGUACACUGUGGUCACCCCUAUGCUGAACCCCUUCAUCUACAGCUUGAGGAACAAAGACAUCAAGAGUGCCCUAUGCAGGCUUCUCAGCAAAGCAUGGCGAGUGGCACUGGUGCAGCUGAGGGACUCUGACAGGGGCUACUCCCUAGUGUGUCCCAAAGGCUCCACCGUCUGCUCUGCCCUAGUAGCUGUUGCCCAAGUGGAAACCAGUGAUAGAGAACUCAAGCACCACACUUGGAGAGUUGGAGAACUCAAGUUUAUUAUGCCAGUGGGCCCAGAGGAGUUACCACUCCAAGCUCUCAGCCCCAAACAAAGUGGUUACAGACUCCAAGCAGGUGGUCAGUCUCCUCUUCUACCUGUUGUCAUAGGACCUGACUGGGGACUGGACCCAGGACCUUACAUUAUCCUGUGGCCAUUCCUGGUGAGUUGGUCUGUCCCUCCAAUGAGUCCGGUUGGGGCUUGGCCGUCUGGAGAGUUGGAAUGCCGGUACAAAAGAGAACCCAGAAAGUCAUCAGGUGGCAUGCCUCCUUGUUUGUGUGGGAGUUCCUCCUCUCUGCCCAGCCAAGCCACUGGUCCGGCGACUCAAGUGGCUGGCAUGGUUGGAAUCUAG